CCGAGACAGAAACGCGAGCGCCGUCGCGCCCCCCCACCCCGACCCAAAAUUCCCCUUGAAGCCGCCGCCGCCGCCGCCUCCUCCAUCCCCGGCUGCCUCCCUGACCUGAUCCACCGCGCGGCCGCCAGCCCUAGCUGCCCCGCCCCGCAUACCCCCGCGAUCUACUCUGAACUCCUCUAGGUCUAGGGCAUAGCCUCCUCCGGCGCCGCCUGCCCCUGUUCCGAAUCAAUGGGCCGUCAUCGUCCUGGUCAGGAUGCCCCACCACCACCUCCUCCACCUCCUCCUCGUCUGGCUCCCCUUCCAACGCAUUGCCAGGGUUUCGAGCAGUGGUCGCUUUUCAUUGGAGUCACAGUCGGAUUUUAGCUCAAAUAGAUUCGAAUUACUAUCGCUGGAAGAGGACGAUGAUGAUUUACCGUCUGCUUCUGACUCAUCUGGCGGGCAUGGUGCUGAUAACAAUGAUGAACGAGAUAGUGGUGAAGCUGCUGUUCUCGCUCGUCAACAUAGUUCUAAUGAUGGUAGUGACAAUGAUGUGGAUAUCGGAGAUCCUUUUCUUACCGAUAGAUUUGGAUAUUUGACAAGUUGGAGGUUGAGUGAUUUGGAGGCAGCAGCAGAUAAUUAUCUUGAAGAUGAAGAAAGUGAAACAGAGGUAGAAGAAAAGAAAUAUUCCAAAAAGGAAAUGCUAAAGCGUGAUGCGGACCGUAAGAAACAGUACAUGGAAUAUGCUUUACAGAAAUAUAACAAUGACGAGGAUCUUGCUGGGGAGAUGCGUUUUGUGUUUGAUGAAAGUAAAGAUGAAGUUUUCAUUAUUGAAGGAAACAUGAACUUCUAUGAACACUUCAACUUUACAGCUAAGCAGGCUGGUUCCACUGUUCUAUUCUUUGCUGAAGUGAUCCCAGACGAAGGAGAACUGUGUGAUGUUCUUUGCUGCAAGCCUUUGGAUUCUGAUGACAAUGGACAUUGCUUUGGUUGUAAGAAUCAAGGUUCUGUGGACUUGAGGCAUCCAGCUGGCGGAAGUUUGUAUGUUGGAGGUCAUGUGGAUUGCGAGUUCCCAUUUAUGUGGGAUAGUAUCAGUGAGGAUGACUCUGACUGAGGGAAGAUUUCCUAGAUGGCCAUAAAGAAUGUCUGAUGGGGUUGUUGGUCUUCAAUUAUUCUCACUUUAACGUCCAUGUGAUGCUACUUAUACUUUGAAAGGGCAUGUAUAACACCUUGCACUAGCUAUAAUUAUACUUUCAUAAAGCUUGACUGGGCCCAUGUAUCUUGCAGCGUGACUGGGCCGCACACCGUCCGAUUUGUUUGAGGCAGCAUAUGCAACCAUUCAUAGAUCCUUUCUCUUGUCUCGUGGUGGUAUUCUGUGACCUUUUAGACAUGUCUUGUGUGAAAAUUUGGAACUAUUGA